CCUUUGGUUCCGGAUACUCCAGAGUGACUGUCACCAUGGAGUUCGACCUGGCCGCAGCCGUGGGCGCUGGUUCUAAGAAACCAGGAGGCACAGGUCAAGUGGGAAACCCCAAGCACUGUCCCCUUAAAGCUCCGGGCCAGCCAGGGGCAGGCGCUGCUCACAAACCAAUGCGUGGCCACGGCAGCUCCUCCGAUUCCAGCAGUAGCAGCAGCAGCAGCAGCUCCAGCGACUCAGAGGCGGAGGGAAAGAAGCACACCGCUGGCUGCAAGAAGCAUGAACGCUCCCCGGACAAGGCCAAGAAACCCAAGGUGAAGAAGGAAAAGAAAAAGAAGAAGGCUCCCCACUGACUUAUUAAAGCUUGCAGCCCGCCCCGCUCCCCAGCGCCCCCUGCCGGUCAGGAGCGGAGGCCGUGCUGAGCCCAUCAGGUUUAUUGUUGCGGUGUGCAGCUGGAGACGAGAGCACCUUGGCUGGAAGGGAGGGGCUCGGGCCUGGAGAGCCGGGCCCGGGUUGGGCGAGAUGAAUGUGGCAGCUGGAGGCCAGGCUGACCGCUCAC